AUGCGAAACCUAAAGAGGUACGUAGACUUAUCGCUGACCUUCAAGGACUACAUGAUGAAUUGGAAACUUUACAUCCUUUUCCAGUCUUCGAAAAAUAUUUUCCAUUUUAUGUUUGCACUUCAAAAGUUAAAGUCCAGCGUCUCGAAAAAUACGGAAGAUCGUUUAUUUCAAAAUUUAUAUUAUUUGCAGAAAAUUAUAAUGUUUAUCCAUUGGCACAACGAGAGCAGGCGCAAGUUGGACGUCCCCCGCGAUUUUCGCAGUACCCUGUCGCGCAUUUCUGAAAAAUCAUGAGCUAUUAUGAGCAAUAUUCCCGAAAAUUUUUUUAAUAAACAGCUCUCAAUGUUCAGGUUACCACUCUCUGACCCAUUUUUCGUUUUUAAGAGUAGAUUCGAUUAGAAAACUGAAAAAAUAUGUCAAAAUCAUCAAGGCAACUUUUUCUGAUUUUAACUUCUAUUUUUUAUACAUACCCUAGGUCUAUAAAGUUUGAGCUUCGUUUGACACUUCGAUACUUUAUCUUCUUCUUCUACUUCCUACGCCUCAGUACCGCUUGAGUGGCAUCGGCCCCCCAAGUCCAUUAGCCGAGGCUGUUCUGAUAAUCAGUGGUAUCAGCUACCGGGUAGCAACUUUUGAAAAGUCAAUCGGUGGUCGUUUGUAUGCGACCGGAUACUAUCUCUAUGGUACCCGGGUCAGGAGGCUGAUACAAGUAGCUACCGGGUACUUGACAAUAAUAAACUAAAUAAACGACCGAUGGGCUAGCCACUAGAAAUCGCGAAAUUCUCGGUAGCAUCCAGAUACCGCCCCGGUACUAUCCAGGUACCAUAGAGACAGUACCCGGUUGUAUACAAAUGACCACUGAUUACCAUACGUUGACACUUCAAUAAGUUUUGAAAUUAAAAAAAAAUUACCUGGACCAUACAAGUAGCAAUACAAGCUCCUCUGGCGGCCUUGGAAGCCAGAGGACCGUCGUUCAUUCGGUUACAAGAAGACCAAUCUCCGGCGGCAGAACUUAAAGCCACUAGAGCGGCUAACAAAAUUAAUACAAAAUGAGCAGAAAACAUUUUCCUUGGGGUACAGUUCCUUUUCUUCCUUUUAUAGGAAUGUUGAGAGGACGAUUUUUGAAACAAACUGUUUUGGAAUUUCUUCUCAGUGUUAUGAUAGUGUGGUGUCUUACGUUUGACUAAAUGGGUGGUUCAGUUGAACAAAUAAACAAAUUGGUAACAAACUGUUCAAGAUCAAAUUAUCAGUAGAGCGAGGUUGAGUUGAAUCGUGUACUUAUUUUUUUUUUUCAUCAAGUAUAUUUCUCUGCGCAUUAACUUUAGUUUUUUUUUUUCAGACAGAACACGACUUUCGGAGCUAUCACAAUCAUCGGAGGAUUGAUCGGAGUUACGGUUGGAACCGUAUUUGCCGGGGUAGGUCUUCAAAUUAACCACCCGGGUUCGGAGCCUCUAUUGGUUUUUGCCGGCUUCCAUUAAUAAUGUGUAAUGACAAUACAAUAAAGUAUCGUUUCCAGGCUUGGAAAUCGGGCUUCACAAUAUUUUCCAAGCGAUUCCAAUCGGAUCGCGCUUUACCAUAUGUCUGUGCAUUUGGCUCUUUCGUCGGCUCAAUUUUACUAUUUUCCAUCCUUAUUUUCUUCUCUGAAAUGCCGACUGUCACUUGGGUUAGUUUGAAGAAUCAUGAGACUGAGACCGCAUUUAGAAUGGCUCUGUGUAAUAUUAUCCUUUUUAGUCCGUCCUUUUUGUCAACAUGUUCUUUCUCUGCUUGAAUUGGGGCCUCAAUGUCGACAUUGUCAUGGUUGGUUUGAUUUUUUUUUUUUUUUUUGAAGCUGGUCGCACGGAGAAUGGCUCAACGCGGUGCAUAUGCGUAGCGGUUUAAAAAAAGUCUUGAAAAAAGUGUAAAGACAGAAUUUUGAUGAGCGUUUUGAUGCCACUGCGCGUAAGCCGUUUAUUGUCGGAUGCAUCUUUGAAAAAACUGCUACAAAACCGCUCUUUUUGAGCCAUUCUAAAUGCGACCAGAACCUUUUAUAACUCUAUUUUCCAGUCGGUGAUCGUCCCUUGGCGUCGGAACACGGCUUUCUCGAUCUACAUGCUGAUUUCUCACAUGUUCGGCGAUGCUACGGGACCUUAUAUCGUUGGAGCUGUUAGUUUUUCACUUUUUUUGUGGUUUUCAAACUUUAUUCUGAUUUUUUGAAGUAUCUUUAUAGUGAUAGAAGUGCAAAAGAAAACAAUUUUUUUGUUUCAUCCAAUUUUUCGGCCAAUUUGAGUAAUUUUUUCCAGAUUUCUGAUGCGACAAGGAAGGGCAACACUCCAUAUGAUCACUAUCGAUCACUUAUCACAUCAUUCUACCUGACCGCAGCAAUGCUUGUGAUCAGCUUUUUCUUCUACCUGAUCUGCGCAUUUACCAUUAUUAAGGAUCAAAAAAGAUGUCUCAUAGAAAUUGGUAUUUUUCUUCAAGUUUUACUUCAAAAAUAGUGUUUGCAGACAUUGCGACGGGAAAAUCCGACGAAACUGAUGAAGAACCGCAAAAAACUAAGCUUUAAAUAUUGUAAAAUAACUAAUAAAGUAUAUUUUUUUCAAAACGGGGAAUUGCAAAAAGGUCUCGCUCCCGGGUGGGCUCGAACCACCAACCUUUCGGUUAACAGCCGAACGCGCUGCCUAUUGCGCCACGGAAGCAGGCGACGGAGGGGGAGGCACGGUUUGCUCAUAUCGCCGCCGUGGAAGGUGUGUAAGGUGAGGAAAAAAAGUUUUGAUGAACUUUGAAAAUUAUCUAUACAUAAUGAGUUUUGGUACAGUCAACGCAUGAAAACCUUGAAAAUGCAAGAAAAUAAGAAAACUUUCGAAAAAAAAAAACUGCUAGGACUUUUUUUUUCUGUAAUACAUGAAGGAGUACAUAAAAAAUUACACUUUCAAACAAAAAAAAUCCCAAGAAAUGCUCAAAAUUAACCAAAACUACGAGACAAAGCAAUCCGUAACUAUUGGCAACCGACCACGCCAAAAAUUUUCCUUCCUCUUUCUUUUACGUUCAUUUUUGAAAUUUUCUCAUGGAUCCUCAAUAAAAAUUAAAUGGCCCAAUGUUUGAACAGCUAUUCUUUGUUGGAAACGUUCGUUUCACUUUGAAAAAUAUCUUUUCAGUUCCAUUUUAUGACAACGAACGUUAAUUCGGUGGUUAAUGUAUUUCAAAACGUGUUCACGAACCAUGGAAGUACGCUUCUCAAUGGGAUUCUCAUUGCGACGACUAUCGGAGGACAAUCGGUGGGUUAUUUUUGUUUCUCUGUUUUGAAAACCGAUUGAAAUUGUCUCGUAUUGAUCUAAAAAUCAUAUUAGAUGAUUUUACUGCAAAUUACAGUGAAAAUUAUCACUUUUAAGGGUUGAAAAAUGAAUUUUCGUCGUUUUUUUUCAUUUUUUUUCGCCUUAUACUCACCCUAGAAUCUUAUGAAGCUACCAAUAUGGUUUGUAAAGAAAAGAAUUGUUUUUUUGAGUCAAAAAGAUGCUAGUGGUCUCUAUAGGGGCAACCUGAAUGAAUUUUAUGGAAACCUGAAUGAAUUUUUAUUUAUGGAUCAUUGGCGAGUAAAAAAAUCAAUAAACUUCCAUUUUUUUGAAUGAAAAAAAUAGAUACUAGACCCUUAUAGAGACCACUUGAAGUUUACUCUAAUAUAAGGGCCUUCGUCCCCUUUAGGGACCACUCUGGCGAUCCUAAGUGGACUUUCAUUCAAAAAAAAUUCAACAAAAGACUUUUUUCACAAUUUUCAGUUGAUCCGAAAGCUGACUUUCGCUUGUCCAUGUGCCUAUCCUCUGAACAUUUAUCACUCGGCCGUUUUUAUGGUAGGCCCAUCGAUAGCCCUCCUACUGAUUGGCACGAUGGUCAAUACUACGACUUGGAAACUCGUUCAUGGCGCUUGUUUUCGGUGAUUUUUUGAUCUUUCAGGAGUUUUAUGAAGCUCUUUGAAUAAUUGUUCUUUAAAACCACUUGGAAGAACGUUUUGAUGAUUUAGUUUGAUAAAAAAACAUGUUUUUUAUCUUUAACAAGGAGGUUCAUUGUAUAGCUGAUUCACGACUAGCUUGGGACGCUAAGAGGGGGGUGGUCUCUCUGCACUCUCCACGAUCCAGGCACUGUCUCGUGCAUUAUCGUGUCAGGAACCUUUUUUCGAUGGCUCAAGCCAGCCGUUAAUCAGCUAUACUUUGCGCAUGGAAAAGUUCUGUAAGUUGGUCAGGGUACUCCUUGAUGAACCAGGUGAAGAUCCCAAAAGCAAUUUUUCGAGAAAAGAGACUUCUAAGCCAAAGUAAACCCUAAAAAUUCAUUAAAUUAGGCCAUUUCGAAGCCUUCAUUUCUCAUUUCUCAAAGACCAGGAUGGUUUUCAAGUUGAGACCCUCAGAGUCUUCAUCUGGUUCAUCAAGGAGCAUCCUGGCCAAUUUUCAGGAAAUUCCCAAGCAAAAAUGACCUCCCUUGUAGGGAUCAUCCUUGAAUUUCAAUUACAGAGUAUCGGCGACUCGUCACAGUUGGAAGACGACCUUUGUUUCUUGGGUCGAAGUGAUUUUACAAGCUUGUGUUGCGCCGGUCGCCUGGCUCUUCGUCGUUUUUCUCGAUGGAGGGUCAGUGGCAAAACAUUUGAAUGGUGGGCGAAAGGUCACGGGUUCGGAUCCUCUCAACGCCGGAGAGAUUUUUGCCACGUUAAAAAUGUGGCUAUUGUGGUUAUUACCUAGUUUUUUUGCGGUUUAUCCAAUUUCUAAUGGCUUUCCAAGGCUUCCAAUUUUGUUUUCGAACUUGUAGAAUUUUUCAAGAAGAAGUUUGAAAAGCAAUAAUUUUUCUCCUUUUUUUUCAGAUAUUUCCGCUGCCUCCGAGCUCACGAGUUUUGUCUCAUGGAUACGGCUGAAAUGUGUCGAAAUGCGACGAUUCUCAAAUAUUAUCAAGACAGCCAUUCUUUUGAUAGUAUGAGCGGUUCUGGAAAGGUAAGAAGUUGGAAAUUAUUACAGGAAAUCAGAAUUUUUGAAGCCGUUUCAUUUAGAAAUGGGCUGAAAAAUGCGAGAAGAUAUCUAAAAAAAUAUGAGAUCGAUUGGAAUUUCAAAAUGAAGUUCAUUUUUUUAUUCCGGACUGAGGGGAACUUCUGUAGUCGCCCCCAAACUGUUUUCACCCCCCGGGUUCUACAAGCCCCCCGGGUUCUAACAAGCUCUCCCCCUCACCAAGCUAAGUUCUGAUCUGCAGGAGGUUAAAUCAGAAGACUUCAUGUGGGAGGGGGGAUCUGUAUUCUAGAAUGUCCCCUCACAGGGAAAAAAAAGGGGGCCGAUUCUGAAACACCUAGGCAAUCUUUCGCGAUCCCCUAGUUCAGAACGACCACCUUCCCAUUUCAGAAUGGCUCCUUGCAUUUCAGAACUACCCCCCCCUCACUUUUCAGAAAGACGCCCCCCCGCCCACAUUUUAGAAUGGCCCCCUCCCUUUCAGAAAAAUUCGAAUGUACCCCCGGAUUUAUUUGAAGCAACGUCAGCUUUUUCAUCGGAAAAAAAUAGACUUUUUUGAAAUUUCAAGAGGAUUUUUGUCUGCGAAAGUCUCUACAUGAUCGCAAUUAAAAUCUUCAAAAUUAUUUCUCGAAGCCAAUUUUAUGAAUUUCAGUACUGUCCAGCUUGUAUUUGCGAGUUGGGUGGCUCCGACGGCUCAUAUUUGGAGGCUCAGUCCCAAAUUAUCGCCUGGGUCCUUGUCCUUGCCGCCGCCGGCGUCGCUUUUCUGUGUAGGUUUUUUCUCAAGGCUAUUUUCCAUGGGUUGAAUGACAAUUUUAGCAAUUUGCUGUACAAGAAUGUGCGAUAAAUACACUCUGGUUCAACGUCAGUACGUGGAAACGUUCAAAAGCGAGGAGGCUAGCAAAUUUGAUGCGAUAGCUAAGGUUUUGAUUUAUUCUGUGAUGAGGAAGAUGAUCUUUCUGAUGGAGUUAACAAAAUUCUGGGCUUUUGGGACUUUUCGCAAGGCCUGAAACUCAUGAAGAACACUCGGGCAAAGUCGGAAUGGUUGAUAAUGGCCGCUAAAAGGGAGAGCCUCAAAAAAGGCCGCAAAAAGGCAGCAAAAAAGUCCCAUUAUCGAGGCUCGAAAAAUUUUAAGGCUCAAAAAAUGAUGGAAAAAAGGAGAGGCGGCAAAAAUGGUGCAAAAAGGCCUAUGAAAUGGCGUAAAAAGGCACCAAAAAAGGAGCCCUUUUUUUACCUUUUCCGACUUUGCCUAUGCAGAAAAUGUGUAAGGAAUUUUUUAAAAGGUCAGAAAAAGUCAGCGUUUUUCAGAAUCAAGAAUUUUUUUUCUAGUCCUAAAGUAGUUUGAGUAAGUUCAUAAUGGGUUUGUGAUAACUUGAACUUGAUUUUUUUAAAAAAAUGAAAUACUGAAAAAAAUUUUUUUAGUGGCCACUAUAGAGGCUCGCCGAAGACUAGAUGGAAAGGACACUAAAGUGGCCACUAAACCCACCUAUAGUGGCCACUUCAGUAGUUUUUCAUACAGUUUUCCUUCCAGUAACUCUGAUGAAAAAACAGACCGGACCAGUUAUGAUGAUCCAGUGACCCCUAAAGUGGCCACUAAAAUUUUUAGUGGUCUAGCAGUAGCACUUGGACCUCUAUAGUGGCCACUAAUUUUUAACUCCUUAAGUGAUCACUUAUUUGACUACUAUAGUGGCCACAAAAAAUUAUCCCAGUAUAAGAUUUUCUCAAGGAACACGCCGCCCAACUAGCGGAUCGUAACGCCCGUGCAUUCUUCGCACAGAAAGAUUGGUCCAAACGCGAUUGGGACUGGGUUUCUGGUGAUUUUUCCCAAAAAAGUUCCUCCCUAACACCCGUUUGCAGGGAUCCCCGAAGUGAAUAACCCGUUUUUCGCCCGCUUAAAACUAAUAGCGACGGAAAAAACCCAACAGACGAUGUACACACCUUUGCAGUUGUGGAACGAUCAUAAGGUUGAUUUUAUAAAUUGUCUUUUUCUGGAAAAAUCAGGAAAAUUCAGGGCUAUCGAAUAGCGCCGCCGGAAGUUCAACAAGUCGACGAAACGGUUCAAAUCGCGCAAAUCAAGGAAGAUUAA